ACCUCAAAAAUUCAGGAGGUUCAGAUGAAAAUUGUCAGUGUAAACAAAAUUUGAUACAUCGGGGAAAAUCAUGGAGAAUCCAAAAAAUUAUCGAGUAAAAGUCGAUCUCGCGCAGUUCUACGAAGAUGUGAGAAAGCUGAGUUAUGUAUACGUCAAUGAGAAAAAUAUUUCACAUAUUUUGCAUCUGCAUGAGAGAAUUAAGCAGGUUUUUGGUAUCACCCGGCCUUUUUAUCUUAGUUCGUGUGAGGGGGUUUAUUUACCAAUGAAUGAGGAUGUCAGGAUUAUUCAGGAGGAAGAGACUAUCAGGGUGUGUUCAGGGGCUGUGAAUCCAAAUUGUGUGACAAUUUGGCGAGAUAUUGCGGUGAAAGCCAAUGGGAAUCCCUUAACAACCAUUGAAGUGCCAAGGAAACUUGAAAAGGAACAUCAACAGAUUAAUUCUCGCCAGGAAAAUGAUAUUGGGGCAGAGUCAGAGCCUUGUGACUCGAUAUCUACGAAAGAUAUCAGGAAGACGGCAUGUUUGAAUGGAUCAAUCACAGAAUCAGAGGGUAAGGGUCACACAAGCCUCCCAGAAGAUUCCGACACAGACACUACCCCGAACCCCAAGAAAGCCCCCGAAACCCCUUCACAGACUCCUGAACUUUUCUCGAUUCCUCAGAAAAAACGUCGAAGGGUUCGGAAAAGAAAAUGUAAAGCGUCUCCAGAGCUUUCAGUCCCACAACAGCCUCCUCCCUCGCCUAAGCCCCUCUCUGUCCCUAUCAAUUGCAGUCUCACUGCCAAGACAAAGCCCAAGCACUUCAAAUUCAACUGGGAGGAAAACGAAGAAGAGAACGCAGUGGAAACUGAAUCUCCGAGAAAUGGAGUCGCCACUCCUGUAAUUCCAGAAUUAAAUACUUUACUAAGUUUGAAGAAUUCUCAGUUUCCUCUGACAUUUGUGGGCCAGAAGACAAAAAUAUCUGAUCAUCCAUCGCAGAAUGGAGAUUCUGGAGUUAAUGGGAGCCUUCAGACCCCCGUGAAGGACAAAAAUGGAGGUGUCGAUGGUGAUUCAGAGGAGAAGGAUUUUUCGAGCGUAAAUCCUCUCGAUUAUCCUGUUUACAAUGAGGAUCUUGCUGUGGGAGAUAUCGUGGCAUUUAGAAUUCUGAAGAUGGGCUCAGACUACUCUCCAACAGUGUCCGGAUACAUUGUGGCAGAGACUGUCUCGAAAGAUUCAGAACCUUCAACUUAUUCAUUCAAGAUAAUCACUGGUGAGGAACAUUUAAAAGAUCCCGAAGGCAAGUUCUCUCUUGGGACUGACGAAGAAAUGGAAAAUUCGGAAGAAAGGCUCAACGAAACUCAAUUUUACGCGCUGUCGAGCGGAGAACUACUGGAGUUGCGCUUGAUUCAACAUUAGGAGAUUUGAAACUACGUCAAAAAUUUGUUUAGUGUCUACUUCAUGUCCUUGUUAAAUAACUCUCAUAAAUAAAAGAAGAUAUUUUAUAUGAAA